CCUUCGCCUCCCUAGGGUGUUGCUUUCCUUUCAGUUCUCUGUCUCCAACUUGUCGACUGGCUGACCCAGGCUGGUUUCUGCUCUCUGUUGCGGAGAACCAACGCACGCCUCAUUGCGCACAGCUUUUCCAGUCCCGAGCGCAGGCAUAUGUUGAUUGUGCUGCAGCUAUGGAGAAACUCUGUGGGCAUGUACCUGUCCACUCAGACAUCCUCUCCUUGAAGAACCGGUGUCUGACCAUGCUCCCUGAUCUCCAGCCCCUGGAGAAAAUACAUGAACAUAGAUCUGUCCACUCAGACAUCCUCUCCUUGAAGAACCAGUGUCUGACCAUGCUCCCUGACCUCCAGCCCACGGAGAGAAUAGAUGGACAUAUAUCUCUCCACUCAGACAUCCUCUCCUUGGAGAAUCGGUGCCUGACCAUGCUCCCUGACCUCCAGCCCCUGGAGAAGCUAUGUGGACAUAUGUCUAGUCAUUCAGACGUCCUCUCUUUGGAGAACCGAUGUCUAGCUACCCUCCCCACUGUAAAGAGCACUGUAUCGACCAGCCCCUUGCUCCAGUGUCUUCACAUACCUCAUAUGGCACAAGCUGAUCUGUGUAGCCUGAAAACUAGCAACUGCCUGUUCCCUGAGCCUCCUACCAAGAAAGCUCCAUGUUUCUCUGAGGAACUAGACCUUCCAACUGGACCCAGGGUCCCAAAAUCCAUUUCUGCUGCAGCUCGAGUUCAGGAAGUAGUUUUGGGUCAGUGGUGCAGCUUGGAAGAAAAGGAAUUGCAAGAAGAAAAAGAAAGUGCAGAAGUCCCGAUGCCUUUGUACAGUCUAAGCUUGGGAGAAGAAGAGGUGGAGGCACCAGUCCUAAAACUCACAUCUGGAGAUUCUGACUCUCAUCCUGAAAGCACUGACCAGGUCCUCCAGGAAAAGAAGAUGGCUCUCUUGACCUUACUGUGCUCUGCUCUGGCCUCAAAUGUGAAUGUGAAAGAUGCCUCUGACCCUACCCGGGCAUACAUCCUUGAAGUCUGUAAUGCACUGGCCCCCUUGGAACCUGAGUUCAUCCUUAAGGCAUCUUUGUAUGCUAGGCAGCAACUUAAUCUCCGGGAUAUUGCCAAUAUAGUUCUGGCUGUGGCUGCCCUCUUUCCAGCCUGCCGCCCUCACAUACGACGGUAUUACUCCGCCAUUGUUCACCUGCCUUCAGACUGGAUCCAGGUAGCUGAGUUCUACCAGAGCCUACUAGAAGGGGAUGAGAAGAAGUUGCCUGCUUGCCUCCGUGCUGCCAUGACUGACAAAUUUGCCCAGUUUGAUGAGUACCAGCUAGCUAAGUAUAAUCCACGGAAACAUCGAUCCAAGAGGCGUUCCCGCCAGCCACCCCGCCCUCCAAAAACAGAACUUCCAUUUUCAGAGAGAGGGAAAUGUUUUCCAAAGAGUCUUUGGCCCCUUAAAAAUGAACAGAUUAUGUUUGAAGCAGCUUAUAAUGUGGUGCCAGAGAAAAAAAGUCCACCAAGGUUCACUCUGAAGAAGUUGGUAGAGCAACUGCACAUCCACGAGCCUGCCCAGCACGUCCAGGCGCUGCUGGGCUACAGGUACCCAUCCACCCUAGAGCAAUUUUCUCGGAGUCACCUCCCUGGGCCGUGGGAUUCCAGCAGAGCCGGGCAACGGAUGAAGCUCCAAAGGCCAGAGACCUGGGAGCGGGAGCUGAGCUUGCGAGGAAACAAAGCUUCUGUAUGGGAGGAACUCAUAGACAGUGGGAAACUCCCCUUCAUGGCCAUGCUCCGGAACCUGUGUAACCUGCUGCGGACUGGGAUCAGUGCCCGCCACCAUGAACUCGUUCUCCAGAGACUCCAGCAUGAGAAGUCUGUGAUUCACAGUCGGCAGUUCCCGUUCAGAUUCCUGAACGCUCAUGACUCUAUCGAUAAACUUGAGGCUCAACUCAGAAGUAAAGCCUUGCCUUUCCCUUCUAAUACAACAUUGAUGAAGCGGAUAAUGAUUAGAAACUCAAAAAAACUCAGGAGGCCUGCCAACCCGAGGCACCUGUGCACCCUGACGCGUCGGCAGCUUCGGGUGGCAAUGACUAUCCCUGUGAUGUAUGAGCAGCUCAAGCGGGAGAAACUGAGGCUGCACAAGGCCAGACAAUGGAGCUGUGAUGUUGUGUUGCUGGAUCGGUAUCGCCAGGCGCUGGAAACAGCUGUGAACCUCUCUGUAAAGCACAACCUAGCCCCGAUGCCUGGCCGAACUCUCUUAGUCUAUCUUACAGAUGCAAAUGCUGACAGUCUCUGUCCCAAAAGUCACUCACAAGGGCCUCCUCUGAACUAUGUGCUGCUGUUGAUCGGAAUGAUGAUGGCUCGGGCAGAGCAGGUGACUGUUUUGUUGUGUGGGAGAGGCUCUGUGAAGACACCAGUACUUACAGCCGAUGAAGGUAUCCUGAAAACUGCCGUCAAACUUCAGGCUCAAGUCCAGUUCCUGAGGCUGGAGGGUAUGGCACUGCCGGCACUGACUGGCUCUGAGAUCUGGAUCUCUUGGCAGGAGGAGUUAGAAGAAAAUAAUGAGUGGCCGCUGGACACUUUUGGGAAGUACCUGCUGUCUCUGGCUGUCCAAAGGACCCCUAUUGACAGGGUCAUCCUGUUUGGCCAAAUGAUGGAUACCGAGCCGCUGAAUGUAGCUAAACAGAUUAUCUGGCAGCAUGUGAACUCCAAGUGCCUCUUUGUUGGUGUCCUCCUACAGAAAAUACUGUACAUAUCACCAAAUUUGAAUCCCAAUGAUGUGACGCUCUCAGGCUGCACUGACGGGAUCCUGAAGUUCAUUGCCGAGCAUGGAGCCUCUCGUCUUCUGGAACAUGUGGGCCAACUAGAUAAAAUAUACAAGAUCCCUCCACCCCCAUGGAAGACACAGGUCCCCUCUCUCCGGCCACUGGCGGAGAACAUCCCUGGUCCCUUGGGUCCUGUUUCGCAGCAUGGAUGGCGGAACAUUCGGCUUUUCAUUUCAUCCACUUUCCGUGACAUGCAUGGGGAACGAGAUCUGCUGAUGAGAUCUGUUCUGCCGGCACUGCAGGCCCGAGUGUUCCCCCACCGAAUCAGUCUUCACGCCAUUGACCUGCGCUGGGGCAUCACAGAGGAAGAGACCCGUAGGAACAGACAACUGGAAGUGUGCCUUGGGGAGGUGGAGAACUCACAGCUGUUCGUGGGGAUUCUGGGUGCCCGCUAUGGCUACGUUCCCUCCAACUAUGAUCUGCCUGACCAUCCCCACUUUCACUGGACCCAGCAGUACCCUUCAGGGCGUUCUGUGACAGAGAUGGAAGUGAUGCAAUUCCUGAACCAUGGCCAACGCUCGAAGCCCUCUGCCCAAGCUCUCAUCUACUUCCGGGAUCCUGAUUUCCUUAGCUCUGUGCCAGAUGCCUGGAAACCUGACUUUAUUUCUGAGUCAGAAGAGGCUGCACAGCGAGUCUCAGAACUGAAGAGAUACCUACACAAACAGAAAGAGGUUACCUGUCGCAGGUACUCCUGUGAAUGGGGAGGUGUAGCAGCUGGUCGGCCCUAUGCUGGGGGCCUGGAGGAGUUUGGGCAGCUGGUUCUCCAGGAUGUGUGGAGUAUGAUCCAGAAGCACUACCUGCAGCCAGGGGCCCAGUUGGAGAAGCCAGCAUCCGUCUCAGAAGAUGAUUUGAUCCAGACCAGCUUCCAGCAGCUGAAGAACCCACUGAGUCCUGCACGACCACGCCUUCUUCAGGAUACAGUGCAGCAGCUGAUGCUGCCCCAUGGGAGACUGAGCCUAGUGACUGGGCAGGCGGGACAGGGAAAGACUGCCUUCCUGGCAUCCCUUGUGUCUGCCCUGAAGGUUCCUGACCAGCCCAACAUGCCCCCGUUCGUUUUCUUCCACUUUUCAGCAGCCCGCCCUGACCAGUGUCUUGCUCUCAACCUCCUCAGACGCCUCUGUACCCAUCUGCGUCAAAAAUUGGGAGACCUGAGUGCGCUCCCCAGCACUUACAGAGGCCUGGUGUGGGAACUGCAGCAGAAGCUGCUCCUCAAAUCUGCUCAGUUGCUGCAACCUGGUCAGACUUUGGUCCUUAUCAUCGAUGGGGCAGAUAAGGUGGUGGAUCAUAAUGGACAGCUGAUUUCAGACUGGAUCCCCAAGACUCUUCCUCGGCGAGUACACCUGGUGCUGAGUGUGUCUAGUGACUCAGGCCUGAGUGAGACCCUUCAGCAAAGUCAGGGUGCUUAUGUGGUGGCCUUGGGCUCUUUGGUCCCAUCUUCAAGGGCUCAGCUUGUGAGAGAAGAGCUAGCACUGUAUGGGAAACGGCUGGAGGAGUCACCUUUUAACAACCAGAUGCGGCUGCUGCUGGCAAAGCAGGGUUCAAGCCUGCCAUUGUACCUGCACCUCGUCACUGACUACCUGAGGCUCUUCACACUGUAUGAACAGGUGUCUGAGAGACUUCGAACCCUGCCUGCCACUCUCCCACUGCUGCUGCAGCACAUCCUGAACACCUUGGAGCAAGAACAUGGCCAUGAUGUCCUACCUCGAGCUUUGACUGCCCUUGAAGUCACACGUAGUGGUCUGACUGUGGACCAGUUGCAUGCAGUCCUGAGCACAUGGUUGGUUUUGCCCAAGGAGACUAAGAGCUGGGAAGAAGCAGUGGCUGCCAGUCACAGUGGAAACCCUUACCCCUUGGGUCCAUUUGCCUACCUUGUCCAGAGUCUACGCAGUUUACUAGGGGAGGGCCCGGUGGAGCGCCCUGGUGCCCGUUUCUGCCUCUCUGAUGGGCCUCUGAGGACAGCAGUUAAACGUCGCUAUGGGAAAAGACUGGGGCUAGAGAAGACUGCGCAUGUCCUCAUUGCAGCUCACCUCUGGAAGAUGUGUGAUCCUGAUGCCUCAGGCACCUUCCAAAGUUGCCCUCCUGAGGCUCUGAAAGAUUUACCUUACCACUUGCUCCACAGCGGGAACCAUGGGCUCCUUGCAAAGUUUCUUACCAAUCUCCAUGUGGUAGCUGCGUAUCUGGAAGUGGGUCUAGUCCCCGACCUCUUGGAGGCUUAUGUGCUCUAUGCCUCUUCAAAGCCUGAAGUGAACCAGCAGCACCCAGAGACGGAUGUCGCUGUAUUCCAUACCUUCCUGAGACAACAGGCGUCACUCCUUACCCAGUAUCCUUUGCUCCUGCUCCAGCAGGCAGCUAGCCAGCCUGAAGAGUCACCUGUUUGCUGCCAGGCCCCUCUGCUCACCCAGCGAUGGCACAAGCAGUUUACACUGAAAUGGAUCAAUAAACCUCAGACCUUGAAGGGUCAGCAAAGCUUGUCUCUGACAAUUUCCUCAUCCCCAACCGCUGUGGCCUUCUCCCCUAAUGGGCAAAGAGCAGCUGUGGGGACCGCCAGUGGGACAAUUUACCUGUUGAACUUGAAAACCUGGCAGGAGGAGAAGGCUCUGGUGAGCGGCUGUGACGGGAUUUCUUCUUUUGCAUUCCUCUCGGACACUGCCCUUUUCCUUACUACCUUCGAUGGGCUCCUGGAGCUUUGGGACCUGAAACAUGGUUGUUGGGUGUUCCAGACCAAGGCCCACCAGUACCAAAUCACUGGCUGCUGCCUGAGCCCAGACCGCCGCCUGCUAGCCACUGUGUGUUUGGGAGGAUACCUAAAGCUGUGGGACACAGUCCGGGGACAGCUGGCUUUCCAAUACACCCAUCCCAAGUCUCUGAACUGCACUGCCUUCCACCCAGAGGGGCAAGUGGUAGCCACAGGCAACUGGGCUGGCAGCAUUACCUUCUUCCAGGCAGAUGGACUCAAAGUCACCAAGGAACUAGGGGCCCCAGGACCCUCUGUCUGCACUCUGGCAUUCAAUGCACCUGGGAAGGUUGUGGCUGUAGGCCGGAUAGAUGGGACAGUGGAGCUGUGGGCCUGGCGAGAGGGUGCACGGCUGGCAGCCUUCCCUGCACAGUGUGGCUGUGUCUCUGCUGUUCUUUUCUUCCAUGCUGGAGGCCGGUUCCUGACAGCUGGAGAAGAUGGCAAGGCUCAGUUAUGGUCAGGAUUUCUUGGACGGCCCAGGGGUUGCCUGGGCUCUCUUCCUCUUUCUCCUGCGCUUUCUGUGGCUCUCAACCCAGACAGCAACCUGGUGGCUGUUGGGUACCGAGAAGAUGGCAUUAAAAUCUACAAAAUUUCUUCAGGUUCCCAGGGGUCUCAUCAUCAAGUGCUAAAUGUGGCAGUGUCUGCACUGGUCUGGCUGAACCCUAGUGUUUUGGUGAGUGGUGCAGAAGAUGGAUCCCUGCAUGGCUGGCUGCUCAAGGGAAACUCCUUUCAUUCCCUGUGGCUAGUAUCGAGAUACCAGAAGCCUGUGCUGGGACUGGCCGCCUCCCAGGAACUCUUGGCUGCUGCCUCAGAGGACUUCACGGUGCGACUGUGGCCCAGACAGCUGCUGACACAGCCUCAUGCAGUGGAAGAGUUACCCUGUGGUGCUGAACUCCGGGGACAUGAGGGGCCAGUGUGCUGCUGUAGCUUUAGCCCUGAUGGAGGCAUCUUGGCCACAGCGGGCAGGGAUCGGAAUCUCCUCUGCUGGGAUGUGAAGAUAACCCAAGCCCCUCUCCUGAUUCACACUUUCUCAUCCUGUCAUCGUGACUGGAUCACUGGCUGUACAUGGAGCAAAGACAACAUCCUGAUCUCCUGCUCCAGUGAUGGCUCUGUAGGACUCUGGAACCCAGAGGCAGGACAGCAACUUGGCCAUUUCCCAGGUCACCAGAGUGCCGUGAGCACUGUGGUUGCAGUGGAGGAACACAUUGUAUCUGUGAGCCGAGAUGGGACCUUGAAAGUGUGGGACCAUCAGGGAGUGGAGCUAACCAGCAUCCCUGCCCAUUCUGGACCCAUCAGCCAGUGUGCAGCUGCUCUGGAGCCUCGUCCAGCUGGACAGCCUGGAUCAGACCUUCUGGUGGUGACUGUUGGACUAGAUGGGGCCACAAAAUUGUGGCAUCCCCUGUUGGUGUGCCAAAUCCGUACCCUCCAGGGACACAGUGGCCCAGUCACAGCAGCUGCUGCUUCAGAGGCCUCAGGCCUCCUGCUGACCUUAGAUGAUCGCUCUGUACAGCUCUGGAAGAUACCUAAGGAAGCAGAGGAUGCAUACAAACCUGGGAGUUCUGUGGCCAUCACUGCUGUGGCGUGGGCACCAGACGGUUCUAUGCUGGUGUCUGGAAAUGAAGCCGGGGAACUAACGCUGUGGCAGCAAACCAAGGCUGUGGCUACAGCACAGGCUCCAGGCCGCAUCAGUGACCUGAUCUGGUACUCGGCAAAUUCAUUCUUUGUUCUCAGUGCUAAUGAAAAUGUCAGCGAGUGGCAAGUGGAACUGAGGAAAGGUUCAACGUCCACCAAUUCCAGUCUUCAUCUGAAGAGAGUUGUGCAGGAGGACUUGGGAGUCUUGACAGGUCUGGGUCUGGCCCCUGAUGGCCAGUCUCUCAUCUUGAUGAAAGAGGAUGUGGAAUUACUACAGAUGAAGCCUACAGAUGAAACUCCAUCUUCAAUCUGCAGGAGGUAUUCAGUACAUUCUUCAAUACUGUGCAUCAGCAAGGAGUACGGCGUGUUUUACCUGCAUCAGAGGGACUCCCAAUUACUUUCUAUCUUGGAGCAAAAGGAGUCAGGAGAGUUUGAAGAGAUCCUGGACUUCAAUCUGAAUUUAAAUAAUCCUAAUGGGUCCCCUGUAUCAAUCACUCAGGCCAAACCUGAGUCUGAGUCAUCACUUUUGUGUGCCACCUCUGAUGGAAUGCUGUGGAACUUAUCUGAGUGCACCCCAGAAGGUGAAUGGAUUGUAGAUAACAUCUGGCAGAAAAAAGCAAAAAAACCUACAACUCAGACUCUAGAGACAGAUUCUCCGUGCUCAGAGUUGAAUUUCUCCAUGAAUAGCUGGACAGAACCCACACAUUUAAAGGCACGAGAGUGUAAAAAGAUUCACUUGGGCUCCGUGACAGCCCUCCAUGUGCUUCCUGGAUUGCUGGUGACUGCUUCGAAGGACAGAGAUGUUAAGCUGUGGGAGAGACCCAGUAUGCAGCUGCUGGGCUUGUUCCGAUGUGAAGGGCCAGUGAGCUGCCUGGAACCUUGGAUGGAACCCAGCUCUCCGCUGCAGCUUGCUGUGGGAGACACACAAGGAAACUUGUAUUUUCUAUCUUGGGAAUGAAGAUUCAGAACUCAGGACAGAAAUGAUGUCACCAGGUGAUGCUAGCCUGAAGACACCAGUGUCUACAUUCUUAACAGGAUUAUAAAAAUAAAAUGUUGAAAGAUCUAAA